AUGAGCGACUUGGAUAAAGCCAUCGCACAACUGAGAGCUUGUCGACCGAUCCCCGAAGCCCAGGUCCGCGAGCUCUGUUACAAGGCACGUGAGCUCCUCAUCGAAGAAGGAAACGUAGUCUCGGUCGAUGCGCCAGUGACAAUAUGCGGUGACAUCCAUGGACAAUUCCAUGACCUCAUGGAACUCUUCAGAGUAGGUGGCGACGUACCCGACACAAACUACCUCUUCAUGGGCGAUUUCGUAGACAGAGGCUUCUACUCGCUCGAAUCGUUCUUGCUUCUGUUAUGCUUAAAAGUCCGAUACCCCGAUCGCAUUACGCUGAUACGCGGAAACCACGAAUCGAGACAGAUUACGACUGUUUACGGCUUUUACGAUGAAUGUAUCCGCAAAUACGGGAGUGCGAAUGUGUGGCGGUAUUGUUGCGAGGUGUUUGAUUAUCUGGCACUAGGUGCUUUGGUUCUUGGCGCAAGUUCGGAGCUUGAGCCGACGAGUCGCAUUGAGAAUUCACAGAUUGAUGGCGAGUUGGAGACAGAGGUGCUGAAUGCUAAUGGCGAGGUUACGUCUAUGUCUUAUCGACCGCGGUAUCGAUCAUCGUCAGACGCAUCGACAGACACAAGAGAUAUUUCGCCUCCGAGAGACAUAUCUGCGGCGCCUGGCAAUACGCCAUCUAGGACUGGGCCAGCCGGUACAGGAGCGUCGGGCAGCAGCUCGGGAAGCUAUGGCACAACGGCGGGUGCAGUAUUGUGUGUCCACGGAGGUCUGUCACCGUUAGUGGAUAGCGUUGACAAGAUCCGUUUGAUUGAUCGAAAACAAGAAGUGCCUCAUGAAGGUGCCAUGUGCGAUCUCCUCUGGUCCGAUCCCGACGAAAUCGAAGGCUGGGGCUUGAGCCCUCGAGGCGCUGGAUUCCUUUUUGGAGGCGACAUUGUCAAACACUUCAACCACAAAAACGAUCUCUCCCUCAUUGCUCGCGCUCAUCAGCUCGUUAUGGAGGGCUACAAGGAGAUGUUCGAUGGCGGCAUUGUUACGGUCUGGUCAGCACCGAACUAUUGUUACCGAUGCGGUAAUGUCGCUGCUAUACUGGAACUUGGAGAAGACGCCAGCAACGGUGGCACAGUCGCUCGGACCAACGGCGAUAUUGGACGGAGUAAUGGAGUACUGCGCAGUGACCUGGGGAAACAUAUUCUGGGUCCUGGUCGACGGUACAGGGUUUUUGAGGCGGCGGCGCAAGAUACUAGAGGAAUGCCGGCGAAGAAGCCUGUUGCCGAUUAUUUUUUGUGA